AUGAGUUUCUUAGCAUUGAUUGCCGUGUUGGCAAUUGUUCCAUCAAUCUCCGGGGCAUGCACUCCAUCAACUACUGGCACGUGUACUCCCGAUUUACUUCAAUGUUGCGGAUUGCAGCUAAAAGCUGACAUGGGUCUUGCUAAUUGCUAUGGAAUUCUUGCUUUCGAGCCAGAAUGCCAUCGCCAAGAAAUUGAAAACAUGUAUAUAAAUGGUACUAGUGGCCUUCUCAAAGUCUGCAACGCUUUCAACAACUACUACGAAUGUCUCGGGCCAGCUCGUCGUGAUUGCACCAGUAUUAGCUAUCAUGUUAAAGCUGGACUUCGUUUGUCAGAUGCUGUGCAAGUUGUGUCUAUGUAUAAACAAUUCGGAUUUGCGUGCGGAGCUGGAUUUGAGGGAUUUUCAAAUAAUGACGCGUGCAUGUCUCAAAUCUUUUCCACCAAGCAGACUCAGAUUACUGCGUGUCGCACAAAAUUUGCCAACAACAUUCUGGCGGAUUACAAGAAUCAUUGCAUGUAUUUCCAACAAUACACCGGAUGUUUCAACGCCUUGUUUGAUCAUAGUUUGUGCAACUCGGAGAGCUCUUGGUGGGGAUGUGAAUAUGCAAGACAAUCCGGACGUGUUGUAUUGCAUGAUUGCAAUCUCCAAUGUUCAUCAUUGUGA